UAUCCGGACUGGUCACGUGUCAUAACAAACCUGCAAGUGUUCCUGCCCAAAGAUCAAUGGCGUCCUGUGUGACAGCAGCGUGUUCCAGCAUCGUGUUGUCUGCAGCAGCAGUGUCCUCUUCUUACAGACUCUUUAAGGAUCAUAGGGCUCCUUCAGUCGGCCUCUUUCUGCUUGGACUCUCUGCAGCACUUUGCAUCUUGCCUCCCUCCGGCUCAUACUUCGCCUCCAUCCAGAGAGAAGCAGAGUGGGCCGGCGAGGUUUUGGCUCCGGCACUGUUUGCCUUUGAGUUCCUUUGGCUCAGUGAGGACCACAACACAGCACACAUUCUCCUCUGUGGUUCCUGUCUGCUGCUGGGAUUGAGUGACUGGCUCUCAGCUGAUGCUCUCACACUUAUGACACGCUGCCUCGGUUUGUCCUCCCUGUCCUGCUGCCUGACGGUGUGUCUGUUUGCCGGUAAUGCUUUAGGAGCCUUUGGCGGUCUGGCCCUCAGCCUCCCGUUGCUUGUGGCUCACAGGGUCCAAACAAACACUUUUGCUCCACUCAUCUCUCCAGCUGCAACUGAGGAUCUCACCAAGUCUCUGUUAAAGGGCUCCAUGUCUGUUGGCUGUUGGGCCUCCGCACAGGCCCUCAGAAAAUUUCUGCUGGAUGUGACCGACCGAUGUAAUAUAGGCAUUUAGUAAACCAGUAGGGGUCUUGGCUCUGGGACAGUGUGGGAAAAUUGACCUAUGCAGAAAUGAAUGUGCCUAACUUAAAAGCAUUUCAGGACAUUUGUGAGGAAGAAUUGAGUUGUAUUCAUUUUAUUUCCAUUGCUAUAAGAACCAACAUUAGGAUUUUUUCCUUGAUGAGCACAUAGUGCAACAGAACUGUUUAAAGGCAUUGUUAACACUUUUGUAUGCCGUGUGGAUGAAUUCAUUGAUUGGUGAAUCAGAAGAAAUAAUCAAAAAAGGAACAAAAUCGAAGUUGCAGUACUAGUUCCCGAAUUUGAGUCCACAUGCACUACCGAUUAACAUGCUUUUGCAUAUAGAUGUUUAAUAUAUGGAAAAACUAAUAUAUCCUGCAGUGGAACACACAGAUACCACUGAACAAACUCAUUUGCAUGAGAGUAUGUGACCACACUGUACAACUAGUAGCCCAUGAUGACAUUCUGCAUCACUGGUAUGCAGCAAUAAGCUUUUUAGACAUAUUGAGUGCCCUCAUGCAUUUAUUAUGCAUUUCAAUUUGAACAUGAUGUGGCCAGCAUGUGGGCAUUUUAAUUUUCCAUUUAAUCAUUUACAAGAAUAUCUAGCAGACUCUGCUCACUUUUAGUCUAUUAGUCUAUCAACACCGUUCACCUGUCUGUCUAGCAGUUCUAGUGUUGUAAAUACCAAAAAACAUCCAUCUGCCUCAGAGUACGGGUCCUAUUUGUUCUGCAGCCUCAGCACUAUCGCAGUUUAAAUAUCUGCAGUGGUCUAAGCUCUGAGCUCUGCUCUUACCUCAUCCUCAUUUGAUACUUACCAAUGCACUUUUCUUAUUACUUGCUUGGUUUUUAGUAGUGACUUAUCUGUUUAACUCUUUGUCCACAGUUUUGUCCUUUGAAGAUAUUAAUAUUCUUUACAGAUAUUUGUAGUGGACACUGCAGAUUCUCUCUCAGGAUUUCAGAGUUGUGAGUAGCUGCCUCAGCAGUUUUACUGCAGUACCAAAACAAGUAUCUGUGGCUUUGUUCCUGUCUGUGACAAGAACAGGACAAUGAUAAUCGUGCAGCCUGUGUUUUUUUGUAAUGAUUUAUCAUCGCGUUCAUGUCUUUUUUGGUAAUGGGGAAAAACAGGUUAAAAGUUUAGAAAUGCCCUAAUGUUAUUUUAAUCUUAUUUAAUUUAUUUUGAUUAAUAAAAAUGUAAAUGUACACUAAAGGAAGAUAACGUUGACAUGACAUGAUA